AUCUCAUCUAUAAAUGGAUAAUAGGAAAUUUUACGUGUUUUUAAUAACAUUUUCUUCAAUUUUCGCAUUAUUUUAUUUUGCCAGCUCGGGUCGUAACGUGCAGCAAGUUCAACAAUUGGCUUAUUCUGAUAAAGAGAGUUUGACAAUAAACACUGAUCAAAUCAAUUCUUCAUUUCCCAUCAAGUUUUAUCAUAAUGCAUAUGUGGAUUACAGAUAUGAAACCCCACGGCUUCGAAUUUUCGCUCUCAGUCGUUGUAUCACUAAAAAAGACUUUCUAUCGGUCGAUUUAUUCUACGAAGGGAUUGAAAUUCCAACAAAUCUGAAAGUCUACGGAGAAUCUCUAGAAGGUAGCUGCCCAUCAACUUAUGGUCCUGCUAAACCAUGUUUCUACGUGGCUCACACAUUUUUUGCGAAUAUUACAGUGACUGGUGGCUUGAACAAGGUUACAAUAAAUUUGGGCAAUCGAAAAGUAAACCUGACUGUGAAGGAAAUUGAUAAAAGAUAUGAAAAGGGAUUAACUAUGUGCCUGCAACCUGUUUAUUAUUACUCCCAGUGGCAGAAUAUUGUGCUGUAUAUUGAAGCAUGGAAAGCUCACGGAGCAUCUAGAUUUAUAGUUUUCUUUCAUUCAGCUACAAAAGAUACGUGGAAAGUUUUGGAUUAUUAUAGGAACUUGGGAAUUCUCGAGAUCCGAUCUUGGCCCAGUUUUGGAAAUCUCCCAGUGCAAAUUGCUGACAAAUAUCCAAAAAUUGAUGAUAGUGUAUUCAUAUUCUCAUACUUUUUGGCUAUGAAUCUAUGUAUCCUUGACAUUAAAACUACCAUAGGAACAGUUGCCGAUUUCGAUGAAGUUAUGGUACCUCGGAAUGGUACAAUGUUGGAUUAUGCGCUAAAGGAAAUGACUGGGACAAAAGUUGGAGCAUUGUCAUUUGGUAACAACUAUGUUGCGAUGGAGCCAAGCAUCUAUGAUAAUGGCUUUUCGGGAGUCUCGGAGCCAGUUUUCCUAGAUGGUGGAGGUCCGUCCAAAUACGUCUUCAACGCGUCUGUCAUCGAUAUUGCUCAAGUUCAUUGGGUUAAAAGUUUCUUGGAUCCUACAAAGACUACAAAAGGUUCUAAUGGUGCAUUGUUGCAUCUUCGAUUUGGCGCAAAAGGGAAAAAGAAAGUGAAGAAGCCGUUCACAUUUUUCCCUGACAAUAGCUCACAUCAUGUUAGAAAUAUGCAGGAGACUGCAACUGCAAUAUUUAAUGGAUCGCUCCCAAAGUUUUCAUCAGAUUUAAUUGAUGGUAUCAACAGUUGUGUAGAGAAAAUAAGGAAAAAACCAAAUACGUGUCGAAGUACUGGUGGAAUGUGCAGAUCUCAAAUGGACGACUUGACUGAAUGGAUCUAUGAUGAAACUGAAAAUGUGUUCUUAUAAUUUGAUUUCGCUUAAGUAAGAGUAUUCCUAAAAACGGAAAGAAAAUUAUUCAAAGUUGAAUAAAGAAUUUUUAUCG